AUGGCCACCCAUGGCGAACUCGAAUGUAUCAUCUGCGCCUCCCCCAUCUCACCAUCCACCUACGACACUCAUAACAGUUUGAACAAGACGCCACUCCCCGUUCUACCCUGUGGUCACAUCCAAUGCCUUCCCUGCCUGCGACGAAACUUCACAAUCUCCCUCCGCAGCCUGCCAUUCCAGCCGGCGCGGUGCUGCGGCCGCGACGGCAUCGAGCCGUCCCUGCUGCGGGCCUGCCUGGCGCUGUCGUCGCGCGAAUCGCACGCCUACCGCGAGAAGCUGGCCGAGCACGACGCCAGGCACAAGGUCUACUGCUUUGACCCCCGCUGCAGCGCCUUCAUCCCCGAGGCCCUGCGCGUCGGCGGCCGCACCGCCAGGUGCCGGCGCUGCUGGGCCAGGACUUGUCUCCGGUGUGGCGCGAAGGCGCAUUUCGGGCCCUGUGGAGAGUUAGGGGAGGGAGGGGGAACGGAAAUUGGGGUUCAGGGGACGGUGAAGGGUGAGAGCAAGCAGCGGAAGGCGCCCUCGGAUGACGAGAGGUUUAGGAGAUUGUCCAAGGAGAAGGGAUGGAAGCCGUGCCCGAAUUGCAAGCGGUGGGUCGAGAAGACGGACGGGUGCAACCACAUCGCUUGCCUCUGCGGCACUCACUUUUGCUAUCGCUGCGGCCGAGCGCCGUACGGAAACCACGGGGAGUGUGCCAUGUGA